GCUGAGAGAUCGGCAGGAGGAGUGAGUGAUCUGGAGUCCGGAGAAAUGGCCCGGACGCUGUACAGGCCAAGGGUGAAGAGCUUCUGGGUUCUCGUGCGCCGCCUUCUGUACUGCCGCCGCAAGAGUUACAGGCCAGGUUAUGCGGCCGCCGCGGAGGAGGACGGCGAGAAGAGCAGGCUCCUGAUCAGCAGCAGAAGCUCUUUGGAGGAGCUCCUGGCGUCGGACGACGCCGAUGGUGAUGGUGGCAUCGACGCCGCCGUCUGCCGGAGCGCGUCGCCGUGCUCCAAGCCUGUGGCGGCGGUGGUACGGCCAACGCCGGGUCUGCAUCCUCCGGUGGUGGCUCGGCAGGACGGCUUGACAGGCGGCGACCCUGAUGGCGCGGCCGUGCAGUGCCGGCGGCGGUUCAUGUUCAGCGGGUUCCGGCGGCGGCUGCUGAUGAGAAGACCGUGGCGGCCGGUGCUCGUCGCCAUCCCGGAGUGACCAUGCACGCAUGGACAGAUCAGAAAUUGACGUCCAUGUUCCGGUAAAAUCUGGUAGAAUUGAAAAGAUUGCGGUUUGCAUAUACUCUAGCGUAGCUUUGCGUGUUCCUGGGUUUGUUUCGUUGCUUGCUGCAGUACGUGACCAGCUGCUGAUGCUUCGAUCACUGUUCUGAAGGUGUCGGUGCAUAACAGCAUAAUUGAACAUGUCUGAUGCGUGAAGCAAAAUUGCCACCUGGCUACCUUUGUUUUCUCACCUAUCAGUGUGCUCAUUUCGAUUACAAAUCUGCGUUUCUAGAAAUAUAUCUAGCACUAUAGUUUUCAUGAAACAUCUGUAGAUAUUUUCAAACUGAUCAGAUAUUCCGACCUAAAUUUUAAAA